AACACCCCUAGCCAUUUGUCAUUCCUAUGCAACUUUUACAAUGUUGAUUAGUAGCUAAAUUAUAAAAAGGCGCCUAAAUUUUACAGUAUGAUAUUUUUGCCCCGCGGUCGUCGGACACUCUCUCUCUCUAUAUCUCCGAUCAAUUAAUCCCAAUUGUAAGUUCCUUUCUCUCAUGAACUCAAAAUCUCAAAACUUCUUCCCUAAAAUCGUUAUUUCACUAAAAUUAUAAAAAGGCACCUAAAUUUUACAUUAUGAUAUUUUUGCCCCGCCGUCAUCGGACUCUCUCUCUCUCUCCGAUCAAUUAAUCCCAAUUGGUUGAUUAGGACUGCUGGAAAUGGAUUUUUCGUGCAAAGAAAGUGACAUGGAGGAGUCUUUACCACCUGGAGUUUUUGAGAUACCUGGAGAGCCGGCUGUUGUUAUUAACGGGUUGCCUCCCGUUUCUUCAAGUGCUGACACCUUUAUCCCCUGCCCAGUAGUUACUAGUGCAGAAUCACAUAAGAAUGCUGGUUUUGCUCAAUGGCUUGAAGGAAGAGAAGUUCGCAAGUUGUUUGGGGGCCAGUAUUACUAUGGGAAAGUUACUGGAUUUGAUGAGGAAGUUGGUUGGUUCAGGGUGAAGUAUGAAGAUGGCGAUAUUGAAGAUCUUGAGUGGCAUGAGUUGGAACAAAUUCUUCGGCCUUUGGACAUUACUAUUCCAUUGAAAACAAUAGCCACAAAGAUCAUUAAGAGAAAGCAGAGAUCCAUUCAGAAAUCCGGGGGUAGAACUAGAAAUAAGGUGUAAAAAUGACUAAGACAUGGUGAAGAAAAACGUUCUUUUUAUGUAGAACCCCGGUUAUGUCAAACAUGCACGGAGUACUUUUAGAUCCUAUCAAUAGAAUAGCAUUCAUCGAGCUUCAUGAGCAAGCCAUGGGGAUUCUGAAACAUCUUGUGGAUAAUGGUAGGUAACUGCAGUCUGGUGAGUUGAAUCUUUGUAGUUUUAUCGACUAGCUUAACAGUUAUUAGUCCAAAGGCAUGGACGACAACAUGCGCCUUGUGUGUAAAAGUACUCAUUCUAAGUAGUAGUAUAAAAAUACAAGGUGUUAGCCAUA